UAUUUUGCUUUUCAUCAGCUGCUUUCAUCCAGGCGGGUAGAGGCUCAUCUACCUCCGCGUCGCGCUCUUGUAUUCUCCUGGGGUUUGAUUAUAGGUCCUUUGUGGUUACCAAAUAUGGCUGCAGUUUUUACCAGACACAAGCAUUUCAGUCAAGAAUACCUCAAUACUGAGUCUAAAUGUACUGUUCGGGAAUACUCCAGCUCUGCGGCUGAAGAGGUGAAAUAUCAAUACCAAACACAGAAGAGAAUCAAGGGAGUGGUGGAGAGAAAGAUGCCUGAAAAAUACAUCCGUGAGGAGUCCAUGAUCAGGGGCCCCAAGUUUGUGGUUAGACUGAGGUCCCACACAGUGUUUGAAAACAGUGCCAUUAAACUUUUCUGCUCUGUGGAGGGAUAUCCCACCCCACAUGUCAAAUGGUUCAAGGAUGAUGUUAUCCUGGACAUUUCCUCUGGAAAGUACUUUGUGGAGAGCAGCGCUGGAUUCCAUGCCCUCACCAUUCUCAAGUGUGCAACUGAUGACACUGCAAUGUACAUGGCUGUAGCCUCGAACUUGCAUGGACAGGCUUCCUCCCAGGCCUCCAUCAUUGUGAAGAGGGUCAAGGAGGAAGAGAAGUCCAUUCCUUACUCCUGGAUGCCUUACCAGUAUGCCAUUUUACCUGAAAUCAAGUACACAAAGAUCAACAUCACCUUCACUGAAACGUUUGAUGUGACAUUUGGGAAAGAAGGCGAUAAGGCCACCUUGACCUGCAAGAUGACUAUUAACCCCAACCUGGCUAACCUGCAGCCUGAGGCGCUGUGGUACCGAGAUGAGCAUCUCCUGAAAGAGUCGAAGUGGGUGAAAAUGGAGUCUGGGGAAGGUGUUGCCAAGCUCUCUCUUACUCAACUCGCUAAGGAUGAUGAGGGUCUUUACACCCUCCGCAUGGUGACAAAGGGAGGUGAUGCGGUCCACAGGGCUUACGUCUACGUUGAUGAUGGUCCACCUCCAGUUCCUCAAGCUCCCGGAGCCCCAAUGGACAUCAAGAUCCAUGACGCUAAUAGAGAUUAUGUCAUUGUGUCCUGGAAACCUCCUAACACCACCACUGAAGGCCCCAUCAUUGGAUACUUUGUUGACAGAUGUGAAGUUGGAACAGAGAACUGGGUGCAGUGUAACGACUCCCCUGCUAAGAUCUGCAAAUAUCCUGUGCAGGGCCUGUUUGAGGGACACUCUUAUUACUUUCGUGUGCGUGCCGUCAACUCACGUGGCAUUGGCAGACCCUCCAGAAUGUCUGAGCCCAUUGCUGCUCUGGACCCCACAGAGUUUGAGAGACUUCAUGCCACAAAACUUGGUGGGAGACUUGACGUUGUGACUUACUAUGAUGACCUUGAAGCUGAGGGAAAAGCUCCGGGACCUCCCUCUAAAGUCUGCGCUUCAGAGACGGACCGAACAUAUGUUGUGCUCAGUUGGGUCCCUCCAGUCUACCAUAGCAAAGCCCCCAUGUGGUAUUACAUUGAGAAGCUUCAAGUCGGAGCAGGAUCAUGGCAGAGAGUGAACACUAAAGUACCCAUCAGAUCACCUCGCUAUGCCGUCUUCGACCUGUUAGAAGGAAAGGACUAUCUCUUCCGUGUGGUAUCCGCUAAUAUGUACGGCAUCAGUGAUCCUUCCGAGCCUACCAAUACCAUAACAACCCUGCAGCUGAAGGGUGUGCCCUCAGCUCCUGGACAAGUCGUUGCAACCAGGGAGACAGAUACCUCUGUUCUAAUUCAGUGGGCGCCUCCAAAGGAUCCCAAUAACCUGAUUGGAUAUUACAUUGAUUCUUGUGUGAAAGGAUCUAAGGACUGGACCUCAGCCAAUCACAAGCCCCAUAAGCAGACCAGGUUUGUUGUGCAUGGACUGACCACCGGUGAAACGUAUGUCUUCCGUGUGCAAGCCAUCAACGAGCUGGGCCUCAGCGAAGAAUCCCAGGAAUCGGCUCCUCUUUCUGUGAGAGCUGCUCUUAAGUUGCCCUCUUCACCUUAUGACAUCUCUCUUCUGUAUUGUGACGGGGAAUCCAUGGUGCUCAACUGGAAGCAGCCCAUCCAUUCUGGAGGAGCAGAGGUCACUGAUUAUUACAUUGACAAAUGCAAUGUGGCCAAGAAGACAUGGAAGGAGGUCAACAUCCCACCCAUUAAGGAAAGACUGCACAAGGUUGGAGGUCUGACAGCUGGGUCAGUGUAUCAGUUUAGGAUCUGUGGAGCUAAUUUGGUUGGACUGGGUGAUGCCUCGACCCCUAGCCCGUCCUUCAAAUGUGAGGCUUGGACCAUGCCUGAGCCAGGUCCCGCUUAUGACCUGACCUUCACUGAGGUAAGGGAUGAUUCUUUGGUGGUGGAGUGGAAGGCUCCUGUCUACAGCGGGGCUGGUGCCAUCACUGGAUACCACGUUGAGAAGUCCAAGAAAGGCUCUGAUACCUGGAGCAAAGUCAACGAAAGUUCAGUCAACCACUGCUAUCUCAAGGUCAAAGGACUGGAGACAGGUGCAUCUUAUGUGUUCCGCGUACGGGCAGAGAAUGCCAAGGGCAUUGGCAUGGCUUCAACCCCCUCUGACCCUGUGUGUGUCAAGACGCUGCCAGGCACACAGGAAAUCAAGUGUGGCGUCAAUGAGGAAUCAGGUGACAUUUAUCUCUCUUUUGAGAGCUGCCAAAUGAAGGAGAGAUCACAGUUUGUGUGGAAGAAGUCCUACCAAGAAAUUACUGACUUCUCUAAGGGCAUCGUCGUCAAGACAUCAGGCAGCCACUCAACUUUGCUUUUUAAGAACCCAGACAAAGAGGAUUUGGGCACAUUCUCUGUAUCUGUUACACAUACUGAUGGUGUCUCGGCCAGCUACAAGAUCUCAGCAGAAGAGCUGGAGAAGAUGUUGGCCCUCAGCUAUGACAUACGCAACCCAAUUAUUCCUCUGAAGACUGAACUGGCCUAUAAGAUUCUAGAGAGAGGCCGUAUGCGCUUUUGGCUGCAAGCUGAGGGCAUCUCCUCUUCUGUGACCUACAAAUUCUUUGCCAAUAACAAGGAGCUUGUCAACUGUGAGCAAACUAAAAUGAGUCAUGACGCAGCUACAGGCAUUAUUGAGAUGGUGAUGGAUCAUUUCACUGAAGACAGCGAGGGCACUUUCACCGUGCAGAUCCAAGAUGGCAGAGCUAAGGCCCAGUCCUCUCUGGUGCUGAUUGGAGAUGCCUUCAAGGCAGCGUUGGCUGAGGCGGACUACCAAAGGAGGGAGUACAUUCGUGUGAAAGAGGGCCCUCAUUUUACGGAGUUCCUCUCCAUUCAAGUUGGGGAUAAUGCCUCUGUCACUCUUGUUUGCAAGGUGGCUAAUUUGAAGAAGGAGUCUGUGUUUCAGUGGUAUAAGGACAAUGUAGAGGUGAUUCCUGAGGUGCCUGCCGACUUGAACUCAGGAGUCUGCAAGUUCCCCCUAACUCAUUUCUCCAAGAAGGAUGUGGGACUAUAUAAAGCAACCAUCACUGAUGACAGAGGCCAAGAUGUGUCACAGAUUGAUGUUUCUGGCAAAGCUUUUGAUGACAUCAUUAAUGAGCUCAGUCGUAUCUCUGGAUCCAGUGCCUCCGAGUUGUCGAUUCAGUGCACUGCGGAGGGCAUUAUGCUUGAGUGCCAUAUGAAAUAUUACACUGAGGAGAUGAAGAUCCAUUGGAAACAAAAGGAAUCUAAAAUCACUGCAUCAGAAAGAAUGCGAAUUGGUGGCAACCCAGCAAUGGCAACUUUGGAGAUAGUCGAACCUAUUGAAAAGGAUAAAGGAAUGUAUACUAUUGAGAUUGUGGAUCCCGAGAAGACACACACUCGUACCCUGGACCUCUCUGGACAACUCUAUGACAACGCCUACGCAGAAUUUCAGAGACUCAAAGCGGAAGCAUAUGCUGAAAAGAAUCGUGGCAAAGUGGUUGGUGGUCUUCCUGAUGUUGUGACUAUCAUGGAAAAGAAGACUCUGAGUCUGACCUGCACAGUCUGCGGUGACCCCAAACCUCUGGUCAGCUGGUCUAAGAACGAUCAAGAUGUAGAACCCAGUGAUCAGUACGUCAUUGCCAUGGACUCGGGCAAGUUCGCCAGCCUUACCAUCAAAGGCGUGUCCCUGGAGGACUCCGGCAAGUACACCAUGACGGUGCAAAACAAGUUUGGUGGCGAGUCGGUGGACAUCGUCGUCAGCGUGUACAAACAUGGCGACAAGAUUCCGGACAUCAAACCCACACCCACGCCCAAGAGGAUCAUGCCUCCCACAGGUCCGAUUGUAAUUCCCACCACCAAGGCUGCCACCCCCGCCCCUGCUGCAGCCAAGUCUCCGGCUCCUGCCCAAAAUGCCAAAUCCCCCACACCGCCCCGUGGCAUGAAGUCCCCCACUCCCACCAGGAAGAAGUAAAAGCAUAGCUCUUUCCUCUCAUUUGCCCUAACCGCACAAAGACGACUAGAUUUACAUUUCCAGUAAGAAAUAUCAGUGUUUGCAAGGCAGCAAAAGAAGUUUUGGUUUAGGUUUUGGCUUGGUGUAAACAAAAUACCGCCAUCAUGACAGUCAGCACACAUCUUUUCUUUCAGCUGUACACAGAAAUCAACAUAGUUCAGUAAAAGUGAUUUAAUUUUUCUGAUGUUAAAAUUAUUUCAGUCAGCGUAAUAUGCACAGACAAGUAUAAUAAACCUCCCCUAAAAACUUACCCUAAAAAUUGUAAAAACAUAAGCUGCAUCGCAUACCGUCUGUAGAUACUACAUUUGGUUUAAAACUUCACAAUCAUUAAAAUGGUAUGUUCUGUAUCCUUUGAAUAUAGGUAUUAUGAAUGAAAUUCAUAUCUCCUACAUCCACUAUGUUGUUAUUGUCACAUGACCUACCAGCGCCAUUUGUAUCGCUUUAUUGUCAUUUACAAAUCUUCUCCUAUUUCUUUACGGGAUAGUAAAGUGUCCAUUGAAUGCACACUUAAGUAUCUCAGCAGAAGUAAUAGGACAUCUGUGUACUUUUCAACUACUGUUUUUUGAAUACUAUGAAUUUGGACAUACUACUAUUUUGGCAUACACUGCAACAUAUGGAAGUAAGCAUAUACGGAAGUAACGUUUGACUCAGUGUUGCUGUUUGAGCAUCCGACACAGCAACUUGGGCACAACCAAUGGUGUGAGUUUAGGGCGGGGGAAUCUGUUUGUCUUACCAAUAGAAGAUGGGAGGAGUGUUCAGGAAACCUGUUCAAAAAUUAUUCAGUUUGGUGACGCAGAAUUUACACUCUUUAUAUACAGCAAGGAAGACAAGACCAAUUGCAAUUCAGUAAUAAGACUUUGUUAGAAAUUGGCUGAACAUUUUCUACAAAACAUUUGUAUGAUAAACGAAUUGCAGAAAUUUAAUUUUUAGGUUUGACAUUUAGAACAAACCCAGGGAUGCCCUGAUAUUAUUCUGAUAUUAUGAAAUUCUUGCUAAUACCAAUAAGCUGUUCAUUAUUUUUAUGUUAUAGCUGAUAAUCGAUAAAUAGCUGGUAGUAAAAUUCUAUUUUGUGUUCAAAUCUCAGCAGAAGUAAUAGAACAUCUGUGUACUUUUCACCUACUGUUUUUUGGACAUACCACUAUUUUGGCAUACAUUGCAACAUAUGGAAGUAUGUUACACUGGUUAAACUUUAUUUUGAUGGUCCCCUUUAGACAUUAUGUUGAAUAUAAGUAAAACUGCACCUCUACAUACUCAGAGUAUUAGUAGACUGUUAAGGGGUAGGGUUAUGUUUAAUAGAAUAAGUUGACAUGUACUUGCAGUCAAGUUACUUAUAGUCAGUAGAAUGUCUGUUGGGGGACCAUCAAAAUGUUAGCAGAUGUUAAGCAGACAGUCUACUCUACUAAUAGCUAAUGAGAAUUAGUUGACAUGUAGGUGCAACGUUACUUAUAGUCAAUAGAAUAUCUAAAGGGGAUCAUCAAAAUAAAUUGUUACCAAAUAAAUAAACACUGAAGUAAAAUCAAGUUUUUACUGGUGAAUUUAAGCAUCAUAUUGUAAUUGAAAGUAUAAAAGACUAAAUUGUUAAUAUUAUCAAAGAAUAACUUUAUAAGCAAGCAUUAGAAGAUGGCAACAUUAUAUAAAAUAGAUGGAAUAGACAUGCACAAUUAGGGGUGACUUCAGGUUGACUUUUUCAAUGGCUUUUUGCCAUUGAGAUGACUGGGGAAAAAGUGUCCCAAUCAACCUGAAUUCAACCCUACAUAUCCAAAAUCAAUCAAGACCAACAAGUAAUAAUAAUAAUAAAAAUCUGUCAUAUCAACAGAUAUAUUGUGUAUCCCUCAAAACCUAACUAGAAUAUUUGAGGAAUAUCAACAUUAUGCUGCCUUGCAAACACUGUAAUUGAAUUAUAGUGCACAAAUAAUAAAAGUACAUUUGAAAAGUAGUAUUUGUCACCUAAAAUGCAUCAUCAUGUCAAAAAAUGAACAAGCAUCUAGUAUGAAAAGAAAGAGAGUAGGAAGUAUGUGUGAAGGAGGGUUGGGCAAGUUAUAUUUAGUGCCACGAGAAAAUGUGUGAAACAGUUUGUCAUCUGGGUUGCCUAAGCUGAGUGGGCCCCUAAUGAAUUUGGCUCCCUCUCCCCUGAGGUGCUUGGGGGAAAAGCUUUGAUGUUAGUUUAAUAAAUCUCUGUUUAAAGGCUGUUCUUUCAGUUAGCCACUGGAAUCCAGAGUCUUUUUUUUUUUUUGCUUUCUCUGGUGGAUGGAUGGCCUGAGAGUGCAGGACCUCCACUUAGCCCCCAGCGGUGGCCACGAGCCCAUCAGCGCUCUUCUCAACCUCGUCUCACGUCCUCGCCUUUUUCUCCUGGUUUUGUGUUAAUAAAAGAGUUGGAAAUCA